AUGUCUUCUCAGGUUGCGCCGCAUCUGGACAACUAUCUCGGCGCCCUGUUUAUCGGUGUCAUGCUGUCAACAGCGAUCUAUGGUGUUACAUGCCUUCAAUACUAUCUGUACUUCGCUCACUACAGUAGCCGAGAUAGCCGCCUCGUAAGGGCUCUGAUCAGUUUCUUGCUAGCACUAGACACCUUGCAUGCUGUUCUGCUCGGCGUUUGCUAUUACUACUACUCCGUUACUCAUUUUGCGGACUAUCACGCAUUGAUGAAACCCCACUGGUCACUCCUGGCGCAGGUGGGCGUAGGCACCGCGAUGAGCCUGCUCGUACAAUGCUUUUAUGCGUAUCGUAUACAUCGACUCAGCAAAGCCAUCCUAGUUCCCCUAGUGAUUGUCGCGCUUUCCCUUGGACAAGAAGUUGCGGGUGGCAUAAUGUACAUGUGGCGCGCUUUCCAGGUUGACACGAUCCCACUGACACCAUCAGAAGGCGCCAUUGCCUUCACCACUGCGGGUCUCGUAUGCGAUGUCGCUUGCGAUAUAUGCAUCGCGGUAGCAAAUAUUACGUACCUCUACAAAAAGUCGCCAAACAGCAUGAGGUCGAACAGAGCCAUUGGACAGCUCAUCAUGUAUAGCAUGAAUACGUGUCUUGUCACUAGCGUAUGCGCAUCGGUCUGCCUCAUCGUGUGGCUUUCAACAAGUCAAAGGAGCCUCAUAUAUGCGCCGUUCUUCUUCAUCAUGAUCCGCCUGUACAGCUGCUCCUUGAUGACUAUCAUGAAUAGUCGGCAGAAUGUGCUCAAGACGUUGCGCGACUCCCAGGGACUGGAUCCGAUAGGCACUGCGAACGUAGGAUCUCGCUCACGCACUUGGGGUACAUGGGGAACUCUGCGAGACACGCUUCGCUCAGAGUCUCCCAUCUCUCCCCCGGCGCGUACGUACAGUGCCGACAUUGAGAGCCAAUACAACCGAAAACCAUCUCCCUCGCAACCCCCGGAGAGCCACGAACUGUCAUAUUGGUCUGUUCCCCGAACAGUCAGCACAACGGAUGACAUGUCCAGGGACUGGGGACACGCUAUCUAA